AUGGUUUCCCAAUCCGUUAACAAGACAAACCUCCACCCUACCGGUGUCCAACCUUCAUCAAAGGAUCACACCGAGAUCGAGGAGGAGCUCCACGACAAGGCACACAUCGACUAUGACCGUGUAGCUAUUGUCGCCAACCCUUCCGUGGCAGCUCUCUACGAAGAUGCCCUCGUCUACGAGUCUGGCUCCGCCAUCACAUCCUCGGGCGCUCUCUCCGCAUAUUCGGGAGCCAAGACCGGACGUUCACCCUCAGACAAGCGCAUUGUUGAGGAGGACUCAUCGAAAAAGGAUGUCUGGUGGGGACCAGUUAACAAGCCCAUGUCGCCCGACGUCUGGCGAAUCAACCGCGAGCGUGCUAUCGACUACCUCAACACCAGGAAUCGCAUCUACGUCGUCGACGGUUUCGCAGGCUGGGAUGAGCGCUACAGAAUUCGCGUCCGCGUCGUCUGCGCCCGCGCCUACCAUGCCCUCUUCAUGCGCAACAUGUUGAUCCGCCCCUCGAGACAGGAGCUUGAGCACUUCCAUCCCGACUAUGUCAUCUACAAUGCCGGUGCCUUCCCUGCCAACAGAUACACCUCCGGAAUGACCUCCUCCACUUCCGUCGCCGUCAACUUCGCCGAGAAGGAGAUGGUCAUUCUCGGUACCGAAUAUGCUGGCGAAAUGAAGAAGGGUAUCUUCACCGUCCUCUUCUACGAGAUGCCCGUCAAGCACAACGUCCUCACUCUCCACUCCUCCGCCAAUGAGGGCAAGAACGGCGAUGUCACCGUCUUCUUCGGUCUGUCCGGAACCGGCAAGACCACUCUCUCUGCCGACCCCAAGCGUGCUCUCAUCGGUGACGACGAGCACUGCUGGAGCGACACUGGUGUCUUCAACAUCGAGGGCGGCUGCUACGCCAAGUGCAUCGGUCUCUCCGCCGAGAAGGAGCCCGAUAUCUUCGGCGCCAUCAAGUUCGGUGCCAUCCUCGAGAACGUCGUCUUCGACCCCACCACCCGUGUCGUCGACUACGAUGAUGAUACCCUCACCGAGAACACCCGUUGCGCCUACCCCAUCGAGUACAUCGAGAACACCAAGAUUCCCUGCAUCUCCGACAACCACCCCAAGAACAUUGUCCUCCUCACCUGCGAUGCCCGCGGUGUCCUCCCACCCAUCUCCAAGCUCAACAAGGAGCAGACCAUGUACCACUUCAUCUCCGGAUACACCUCCAAGAUGGCCGGUACCGAGCAGGGUGUCACCGAGCCCCAGGCCACCUUCUCCUCCUGCUUCGCCCAGCCCUUCCUCGCCCUCCACCCCAUGCGCUACGCCAAGAUGCUCGCGGAGAAGAUCGAGGAGCACAACGCCGAUGCCUGGUUGCUCAACACCGGCUGGGUCGGUGCCGGUGCCACCACUGGCGGAAAGCGCUGCCCCCUCAAGUACACUCGUGCCAUCCUCGACGCCAUCCACUCCGGCGAGCUCGCAAAGGUCGAGUACGAGACCUACGACACCUUCGGCCUUUCCGUCCCCAAGACCUGCCCCAACGUCCCCGACGAGCUCCUCAACCCAGCCAAGUCCUGGAACGGAACCGCCGACUUCAAGGGCGAGGUCGAGAAGCUCGGCAAGCUCUUCAUGGACAACUUCAAGAAGUACGAAGACCAGGCCACCAGCGAGGUCGUCAAGGCUGGUCCCCAUGUGUGUUGCUGCCCUAAGCACUGA